AUGGACCAAACUUCAUUCAAAGUUGUCAUUGUGGGAGGCAGCAUUGCUGGACUUUCGCUAGCCUUGAUGCUGGAAAGAAAUGGCAUCGAUUUCGUUAUCCUCGAAGCAUACGGCAGCAUUGCACCCCAGGUCGGGGCUAGUUUUGGCGCCUUGCCCAAUGGCUUACGCAUUCUCGACCAGCUGGGUUGUUAUGAGUCAGUUCUAAAGAUGGCGGAAUACCCUGUUGACACACUUCACUUCUGUGAUUCGCAAGGACAUCCAUUCUGGACAAUCGAUAACGUCAAAGGGGGGUCAAUCACGAGUCAUGGUUAUCCUGUCUUAUUCCUCGAUCGCCGGAUGUUGGUAGAAGUCCUCUAUGAAAAGAUCCAGGAUAAGUCCAAAGUGAUCACCUCUCAGCGAGUGCAGAGUAUUGAGAAUGGUACUUCGAGUGUCACAGUUACCACAACAACGGGUGAAACCUACACCGGAAAUAUCGUGGUCGGAGCAGAUGGAAUCCAUUCCAAAGUGCGUCAAGAAAUGUGGAAAGCGGCCGAAAAGAUAGAUCCCACGUGGAUUGAUCCCACGGAGAAAUCUGCACUGCCUGCAACUUACGCAUGCAUCUUCGGCAUUUCCAAAGGGGUCAAGGGAAUCGAGAAAGGCACGUUGAGCUCGGUAUACAAUGAGCAUUACUCGUAUCUUGUUCCCAGCGGACCCGGAGACCUCACCUACUGGUUUCUCGUGCGGAAUAUGGGAAAGACGUACUAUGGUGCAGAUAUUCCUCGGUUCACCAAGGAGGAGGAGGAAGCAUUGGCAACAGAACACUUCGACGACCACAUCACUCCUACACUGAAAUUUUCCGCUCUGUACAAGAGUAAAAUUGCCUCGGCAUACUCCAGCUUGGCAGAAUACGUCUUUAAAAGGUGGCAUUUCCAGAGAAUUAUUACCAUUGGCGAUGCCUGUCACAAGUUUGAGCCUUUGACAGGCCAGGGAGGCAAUAAUGCAAUGGAAACCGCCGCAUCCCUGACAAAUCAUCUCGUUGCGGCCCUCAAAAACUGUCACACAGGCACCCUGUCGUCGGCAGACAUUUCCAAAGUCUUUGAGAGCGUUCAGCAGCAGCGUGAAAAACGUGCAUGGGAAUUGGUCAAAGCAUCCCAUGCCCGGCAACGUCUCGAGUGCCAGGAAACGCCCUUGUUGAAGUUCAUAGGACGGUACGUGGUGCCGCGUCUUCCGAAAUCCGUUGUCCUCGGCAGAUGGAUCGACUCGUAUUCUCCCGGAGUGUCCUUGGACGUGCUUCCGCUACCACACAAACCUCGGGAAGUUGCAUAUUUCGACGAGCGCUUCAGAACACCGUCAUCGCGGGGUGUGGUGAGCAUCUUGUUGUACGCUACAUACUUCCUCUUAGCUUGGUUAGGAUAUCGCCAAUUAUCGACAGCACUCAGAGCGAAUGGAACAAUGGGCUUGGUCCGUCAGGCAAUCAAGAGUCACUCGGUUCCACUCCCAGGAGGAGUUGAAGCUCCCCUUCGCCAGGUGUACACAGGGAUCGGAGCUGUUGACCUCAUUUUGAAAGUCAUCGUAACGAUAUUCCUGCCUGCGGUUGCCAACUUCUCUACGCCGGAACAGCCAUUGCAAGUUCUGUAUUUCCUGGCUUCAAUGAUGCCGAUUAUCGCUAUCUGGACGGUUGAAGGGUUGAGACCAAGGAACAAAUGGACCCUUCUUGCAACUCCAAGUUUGUGGGCGGUUCUGUAUCAGAUGCGCGGAAUUGGGCUGAUUGCACCCCUCUAUUACGCAUCGAGUACCUAUAUUUCCUCUGGGGUGUUAUACUUUUCCCCAAGGACCCGCACGCUUCCAGAGUCCACCGCCCAAGCGUUACUACCUGCAAUGAUAUUGGGAUUCGCGGUGCCCACAAUCAUGCUGUUCUUCCCAUUGGGUGAUGCUCUGAACACGCGACAAAUAUUCAUUGCGCUGUGGCAGCCCGCUCCGGUAUAUGUGGUUAUCUUGACUCAGAUAUUCUCCCAUGUCAUCAAAUCGAUCGGUUCGAGCACACCGGCUAAGACCGAUAGUGCCGCAGUGGAGAGCAAAUCUAACCGCGACAUCCCACACUUGCAAACCCUCUACGCUGUGGUCGGCGGUGUUUCUGCUUGUUUCCAUGUGGCCUUGCUGCUGAGCUGGGCUGCUUUGGGGACAAACUUUGUCACUAGGGCAUUCAUCCCAUCGGCCGCCUUCGCACAGGUGGCAACAAUUGCAGACGGUGUUUUCAUAUUUUUCCAGAACGACUUCCUGCUUGUUGCAGCGGCAACUCUCCUGUGGUGCUUAGCUAGCGUGUGGGAUCUGUACCGCCUUGGGGUUUCCAAUGUCUCCUGGCAGGUGGCACUAGCUAGUUUGAUUCUGGGUUCUGUGGCAAUCGGACCAGGUGCGACUGUGGCAGCUGUGUGGUAUUGGCGGGAGGAGGUUAUGAGUCGGACAGCUUUCCGCCGUCAUGGUCCGGGUCUUUAA